UGUCCAGAAGUUGUGUUGUCAACAUGGCGGCUCAGCAGGGAGAUGUUGAUGAACUGUUCGAUGUGAAAAAUGCCUAUUACAUCGGCAGCUACCAGCAGUGCAUUAAUGAGGCUCAGAAAGUGAAGCCGUCGUCGCCAGAGAAGGAGACAGAGAGGGACAUGUUUCUGUACAGAGCAUACAUCGCACAGAGGAAGUACGCUGUUGUCCUGGAUGACAUCAAGGGUAACUCUCCACCUGAGCUUCAGGCCGUGAAGAUGUUUGCAGAGUAUCUGUCCAAUGAAAGCAAAAGGGAUGCUAUUGUUGCCGAUUUGGACAAGAAGAUGGCGAAGAGCGUGGACGCCGCAAACACCACCUUCCUUCUGAUGGCCGCCUCCAUCUACUACCACGAGAUGAACACCGACGCCGCUCUCAGGACUCUGCACCAAGGGGAGAGUCUGGAGUGCAUGGCCAUGUCCAUUCAGGUGCUCCUCAGUCUGGACCGUGUCGACCUGGCGAGGAAAGAGCUGAAGAAGAUGCAGGAGCAGGAUGAGGAUGCUACUCUCACCCAGCUGGCCACAGCCUGGGUUAAUAUCGCCGUGGGCGGAGAGAAGCUGCAGGAUGCCUACUACAUUUUCCAGGAGAUGUCUGACAAAUACUCGUCCACGCUGCUGCUCCUGAACGGACAGGCGGCCUGCUACAUGGCCCAGAACAAGUGGGAGGAGGCCGAGGGGGUGCUGCAGGAGGCGCUCGAUAAGGACAGCAGCCACCCUGAGACGCUGAUCAACCUCAUCGUGCUGACCCAGCACCUGGGCAAAGCUCCCGAGGUAACCAAUCGCUAUCUCUCCCAGCUGAAGGAUGCACACAGAGCUCACCCCUUCCUCAAAGACUACUUAGCGAAGGAGAAUGAGUUCGACAGACUAGCGAUGCAGUACGCUCCCACCGCUACAGCAUGAAGCAGCUGCUUCUACCGUGGAAACGACUCGUCAUCUUACAUGUGUACGGAGCUGAAAUACAAACGCAGCAUGUUAGGUUUUAUUAAAUUCUGGGGAUUCUUUUUAACGUAAAGGAAUAGACGUCCCAAAACAUCUCUGCAACAGAAUCAAACCACCAAGCACUUUGAAAAACAAAACAGAAAUCCAGUUUUGAGUCACAUUUGCGGUGUAGGUUUAAUCCCGAAGGACUCGGUGAAGUCGGUGGACAUUUUCGGGCAACAGGAUUGCGACAUCCAGACCAUCAUGUGGCAGAUUUUCUGUCUCAUUGACCUCUGAGAUGAUUUUUUUAGACGACAAACUUCUAGGCAUUCAGAACUAUGCUGCAUUUUUACAACAUAAUGAAUCAUCAUCAAAUUGAUUGACGUCCUGCUUAUCUGGAAGGACUCGGUGAAGUCGGUGGACAUUGUUGGGCCACAUGAUUGCGUUGUCAGACAUCCAGAGCAUCAUGUGACCGAUCUUCUGUCGCACCGAGCUCUAAGAAGAUUCUUUUUUAGACGACAAAUGGUGACUUUCUGGGCAUGAGUCAUCUGGGACACAGUUUAAAUGACGUCCUGCUAAUCUAGGAGGACUCGGGGAAGUCGGUGGACAUUUUUUGGGCCAUGUGGCAGAUUUUCUUUCAGAGCUCGAUGCGACCGAUGCCCCAACUAAAGUGUUUUUCCUGUCAUCUGUGGCGUUGCGUCAUUUGAAUAAAGCUGCAUUUUGAGGCGACCUUUUUAUAGGAGCGACUCACGCUAUCUGAUCAUUGUUUUUUUUUUUUUUUCUAAAGCCACGAGCAGGUGGUGUAACGCUUUCUGUGCACACUUAGCUUAAUUUAGUCAGAAAAUAAGACCAUCGACAUGCUGCGUUUGUAUUUUUGUCCGCUGUGUGUUUUCACAUGGAGACGUUGGCCCUGUUAUUUAAACCACACCUGAGGUCAUCGUUUCCCCUCUGGAGGUUGUUCACUCUUUAUAGAUUUGUAUUUCUUCCACCACAUACAUGUGUAAUGCAAACAUUCCUGUGAAAUGAUAAUAAAUGUGUGAUAGCUGA